AUGGACGACUGGCAGAGAGUGUGGGCGCCUCAUCCCGAGGAGGGCUACCAGCUGGGACUGAUUGUCGACGUCUCCACGGACACGCUCACCGUUGAUCCCCUGCAAGGAGGGAAGGUCAGUAUUAUAUACACUGAAUGCCUCUCCAGUGCUGAUAAUUGCACCGACUUUACAGAUACAAACUCUGAGCUUUUCCGGUGCAAUGUCGAACUUGGUCAAAGUUCGAGCUCAGCAUGCGAGGGAAACUGCAGGUCUGUACUGGAGCAAUACGUGGAUGAUUGUCUUACUGCCACUGGAGGAGCUGCUGCUGCACAAACCUACAAAGACAGCAUCACUGCUCUCUGUGGUGAGGGAAGCAGUGCUGCAGGAAUUGGAUCCACUACACUGCCCACCACCGUGUCGGCUCUUCUAUUUGCAGUCUACACUGCCUUCAUGUAG